UGACGCUGUGUUGUCAGUAGAAACCGGAAGUUAGCCGAGCUGCUGUCAUUUAAAAGGGACCAUGGGGAACACGGAGAGCCUGGUGGUCCAGAAGAGGAUGGCCCGCUUCCGCCCUGAGGAGCGGCCCGUGGUGGAGGGGGUGUUCGACCGGCUCGUGGGGGGGGCAGGGGGUCCGGCAGGAGCAGGGAAGACCCUCACACUGGAGAUGCUGCAGUCCUCGAUGGGCAGCCUGGCCCCAGACUCCAUGAUACGGAGGCUCUACCGGUGCUUGUGUGGCGUGGACCCGGGUCUGGCAUCGCCUGGGAAGACGAGCCCCCCCGCUGCGUCGGGGGUGGGCCGGGAGCAGGUGGUCAUGUUCCUGGCCGACGCCCUGAGGGGAACGGCGGAGGAACGGGCUCCUAUCGUCAUGGCGAUGUCCCGUCGUGGAGCCGAGGCCGCCGUCACACGUGAGCAGGUCGCAGAGUUCCUGCAGGACCUCAUCUCAGCUGUAGUUCAGAUUCUGGUCCACAGGGGGCGCCUGCAGGGCUGGAAGCCGGAGAGAAUGGGUGCCGCCUCCUUGGGGGUGGAGCUUCUGGCAGAGCAGAUGUGUUCUGAACUCAAACCUGCAGAGGAAGGAGGCUGUGAUGUGUCCUGUCUGGAGGACUGGAUCUUCAGGGUCUCCCAGGUCUCCUUGUACCUGGAGAUGCUGGUAGCUGAAGGACUGAACGUGUCUCUGAGUGGACGGCCGGCCCCCCCCCUCCUCCCCCUCUGCAGGGACACACCCUGGAAAGACCUCAAGUGUCUCCUGGACCUUCCCACCAUCAUGUUCCUGACCCCACAGUUGCCGGACAGCUACAGCGCCCCCUGGAGGCUUGUGUUCUCCACCCAGCUGCACGGGGAGAGCUUCACCCGGAUGGUGAGCGGCCUGACGCAGCACGGCCCGACGCUGCUGCUGGUCAGAGACUCCAAGGGCCACGCCUUCGGGGGCUUCGCCUCCCACAGGUGGGAGGUCAAGCCUCAGUUCCAGGGUGACUCCAGAUGCUUCCUGUUCACUGUGCACCCCCGACUCAGAGUCUACACAGCAACAGGAUACAACCAACACUUCAUGUAUCUCAACCAGAAUCAGCAGACCAUGCCCAACGGACUGGGGAUGGGGGGGCAGCAUGGCUACUUUGGCCUGUGGCUGGAGCGUGACUUCGGCCGCGGUCACAGCCGUGCACGCCCCACGUGCACGACGUACGGCAGCCCGCAGCUCUCUGGAGAGGAGGACUUCACCGUGGACUCAGUGGAGGUGUGGGCCGUCGGGAAACCCCCGGAGCCAGAGGAGGAUGAGGAGGUGGACGGGAAGAAGAAGAAGAGCAUCCUGGACGUGGACCCGGAGCUCCAGGCCAUGAUGGAGAUGUCGGGGAAGACGCUGCACAGUCAGGGCCUCCGGGAGCCGGAGGAGGAGGAGGAGCACUGAGGGUCCACGGGCCCCUGGUUCACCUGCUGCUCACACCUGAUGGGAUUCCAUCAUUUCACAGAACUGGAUCAAAUCACAUCAGACUUAAAGACGUUCUGCAAGAUGCUGCUGGCUCCACAAGACACUCUCACAAUGUAAACCAGGCUAAGCUAAGCUAAGCUAAGCUAAGCUAGGUCCGAUCUGACGGCUGAAAGGCUCCGGUGUGCAGGCGCCAGACGAUCAUCAGCGUGGACGUGUUUUAUUUCACCUGCACUGUGUCUGAUAGAAGAAAACUGAAUAUUUCUCUAUAUAUAUAAUCUAUCUGUCAGAAAAGUGGGAGGGGCCGCAGUCAACCAGAAAGCACAGAAUCCAGAUCAUAACCUGAAGAUCGAAAUUAAAGAGUGAGAUUAUGGAUUAUACAUUUCCAUGAUUUGUGUGCGUGUGCGCUUGAGUGGUGAGUGAGUGUGUGUGUGUGUGUGUGUGUGUGUGUGUGUGUGUGCGCACUCUGUUGAUAGCAGUAGAAUAAUAAAAACAAUUACAGAGAUAUGUAUUUACUGUAUUAUACAUCUGUCACUACUGAUAGAAUAUUAUGGGUUGAGAAAGUACAUCAACAAAUUGAUUAUAGUAUUAUAAUUGCACAGAUUUAACAUAUUUAUGAUGUGUACUGUAUUUGUGCAUAUGUAUAAGCAAAUUAAAUAUAUAUACAUACAUAUGUAAAUGUACACACGCACACACACAUAUAUAGUGGAAGUAAUGGUGUGUAGAUCUGGUGUUGUGAUACGAAACUGCAAUAUCAUAACAUUAUACUGGUGUUAAUAUGUGUGUGUCUGGUUGUGUGUGUGUGUGUGUGUCAACUUGUGUAGUUGUUUUAAUUAAAGUCUGGAGCUUCUUCCUCUUCA